AUUAUCACAACAUAUAAUAUAUCCUAAGCCCGUGUUAAAGAAGCAUUAUGUCGAGUUGUUGCAUUAUAAUGUCAUAAUAUAUCUGCAGUAAUAGUAUAAUUCUAGUGUUGUAACAUUUAUUACAUAUGUAUAUAUAAUGCUUUGGGCUCUUACAUAACACUCCAUACAGAACCAAUCAGUCGAUAUAAUGGACAUCAUAAAUCACGCGAUGUGAAUCAGGCAGUGGGGCGGUGCGACUCGUUGUUCAGAAGGUUCCAAUCAUCGUUUUAUGUCAUCAUUUCCGAGCAGCGUCAACCACAACUGUUAUUACACCCCGUUUACGUUGGCGGCGGUAAAGACUAUUUUUAUUGUGCAGUAACUAAAACUAGAAGAUCUGGCGUCUUUUCCCUUCGCCAAAUCCCGCUAAUAUGACCCAUAGAAGGGAAGGACAUUUCCUGAGAACAAUUCGAUCUGAAUAUAUAAGUAGGGAAUAACAUUUCUUGAGUACAAUUCGAUUAGAAUAUAUCAUCAAUUUAAAAAGAUGUGCAUUAACUUUAUGAGAUGUAUGUGGGGUUUUUCAGCGUACAUUUCCGGGGAGCCCGUGGCAUGGUGUCGUGACAGAGUUGAGGGAGAGGCGGAAAGCGGUGGCUAGCGAUCCGUCGCUGAUAAACAACUUGACUCGCUUCGGCACGGCUGCGCUGUGACUGGGUCGGGGAUGUUAGGCGAUGGAGAACAAAGUGUGGGGCAUGGUGGUACAAAUAAAGGGGGAGAGAAUGUGAGUAUGGGUUUGAAGGGGAGAGAGAGGUAUGGAGGCAGCAAAGGACGUUUGAAGAGAGCAACAGUUUCCAGCGGCAGUUCGGGGGUCGAGAGUGCAGAGGAAGGGCAAGAUGCAUCGCGAGGUGAGGAGGAGCAUAAAGUGAUUAUGAACUUUAAGGAGGAAGGGGGAGUUGGGGCUACGAGUCCGAUAAGGUUGACGGCUGUAAUAAAGUAGUUGAUUGAGGAAAUUGUCAACGCUAAAGUGUUACUAGAUGGGAGCUUGUUGGUGUUCUGUAAGGACAAUGCGCCGAGGGGAAAAAGCUCUUGAGUGAAGCAAAUAGGGAAGUGUAAGGUGGUGUCGAGCAGCUGGACUGAUCAUGCAGGAAAACUGUGGAUUAAAGGGGUGAUAACAGGAGUGCCUGUGAGUGUUGGCACUAAAGAGGUAAGGGACAACUUGAGAUUAGUUAUUCUAGUAAAUGAUCAAAUAUAGCAAGAAACAAGGGGUGGAGUUAGGGAAGAUGGCCUGUUUAUUCUGUUACACUUCAAGGACCGUGUACUGUCAAAUAAAGUAACCAUAGGAUACAUGAGUUAUUAUAAACUGGGUGGUUUGAGCCCUGAAUUCUGAUUGGCUGAAGGCCAUAGUAUAUCAGACUGCAUACCACUGGUCUGAUAAAACAUUUAGUUUUACUGCUCUGAUUACAUUGGUAACCAGUUAAUAAUAGCAAUAAGGCUCCUUAGCCUGAUGUGAUUUGUGUGCAGGAAACAUGGCUCGUAGGGACAGGGGUGGGGGGGGGGGGGGUGCCACUUUCAUAAAGCAAGGACUUUCUUAUAGGAUGCUAGGCAGAGGUAUUGAAUAGGAAUAUGUAGUAGAGGAGGGGUGGUAGUAAACUACUAUAAUCCAUGUCAGAUAUUAGACCUGGAAGUGCUGGAGAGGGUGGAGGGCCACAGGGAAAGAGUCUGCCUUGGACCUCACUCUGGUAUCUAGUGUGAUGGCAGGAAUCUGAGUGGGAGGUAAGGGAGGAGAAUGGAGUGAUCACUACUAUGCACAGUAGGCCGGAGGGAGGAGGUUCCAGUGGAUGGAGUAGGCAGGUGGGUGUUUGGAAGGGCAAAGUGGUAUCAGUUUCAGGAGCUGAGUGAGCAGGUGAUGGCUCGGGUGGAUAUGAGAGGGGAUGUGGACAGUAUGAAUAACUGGGUGAGAACAGCGUUAGUGGGGGCAGCUGCUGAGGCGAUACCUAAGAGUUCAGGGAGGAGGAGGAAAGCAGUCCCGUGGUGGACGAAGGAGUGUGGGGCAGUUGUGAGGAAUAGAAACAAGACAUUUAGAGUACUGAAAAGGACGUAUAACUUCCAACAUCUGAUUCAGUAUCAGCAGGCCCUGGUGAGGAGAACUAUCCCUCAGUCUGAUUCAGUAUCAGCAGGCCCUGGAGAGGAGAACUAUCCCUCAGUCUGAUUCAGUAUCAGCAGGCCCUGGUGAGGAGAACUAUCCCUCAGUCUGAUUCAGUAUCAGCAGGCCCUGGUGAGGAGAACUAUCCAUCAGGCGAAUUGGUCAUGUUGGCGUUGGUUCUGUAACACCAUUGGAAGGGCGACACCUGUGGGAGAAGUAUGGGGGAUGAUCAAGAGGAUGAGUCGGGUCAGAAGGGUGUGGGAGACUACAGAAAGAUAGGGAGGGUGUUGAUCCAUCUGAUUAGACACUACAGAAAGAUAGGGACUGUGCCCUGCAACCCAAUGUACACCUGGCCCACCAUCGAUCUGGACUGUCUCUAUGACCAUGUUCACCUGUACAGGGAGACAGUCCCCAUCCUUGCCAAGACUCUCAAGGACGUCGCUUUAAAUCGCAGUCCGACCUCUACACCCAGGAACAGCAGAGCAAUCUCCACCCCGAAAAAGAUCACCGGAACAAUACCCCGGACCAGCACCCUGGAACUCCCAGCCACGACCACAGCACCACCAACCUCAAUGCCUACCACAGCCAGCGCAGCACAGACCACCCCAGCCCAGCUUCAGAGCCACCCAGACGAGGCCUCCCACCCCCCUACCCCCCACUGCAGACCCACACUUGGAGGAGCCACAGCCCAGCAGGCACAGGCUGUGAGAGGAGCAACUGGCCCAGCUCCCACCAACCAAAUGAGUGACAUUAAACAUGCUGAGUCUACUAUGCUCACAUGUGAUAGGCCGAGGGUCAUGGUCACUAAUGGUACCAGGUGUGUGACUGGUAGUGGGCUUGCUGACGGAGAACAGAUGGAGAGGUUGUGGUCCUACGUUAGAACAUUUGUGAAGAUCACAAAAGAGAUGAUACCAACUCAUCGUGUUGACGCCCUCAAAGAUGCCCUCUACUACGCAUCCAGGGUCAGGGAGAAGCAAGGCAGCACCCAGUCGGACGUGGAAGUUUGGACCCGUCAGAUGAAGGAGACCCUCACAGACAAGAAGACGUUGUUCCUUACCUGGCAGGAGAGAUGUGUGGAAACUCUCGCAGAACAACAAUGGACAAACCAUUGCUGUGCGGCUCUCCAGAAAAAUCAAGCGGACAUCGGAGAGAAUAAAACCGCAGAUCAACGCCUAAAGAUGCUUAACAUGUGCCUUAGGGCAGCAGAGGAGAGGUACACAAUACAGGCAGACCUACACAAUGGCCUUUUGUAUUGCCAGCAAGAGCUGGGGCUUUUUAAAGAUGCAGAACAUGUCAAAUGCAGAACAUAUUUAAGCUCCAGCAAGCAUUUUCAAAUGUUGGCUGAUGAUGGCUCGGUCAGCACAGAUGUAAAAGAGGACAGUGAAUCAGAAGAUGAAAGUGGUUGAGGAAUGAAUGUCUGUGUGUGUGUGUGUGUGUGUGAGUUUUAUAGGGCAAACUAUACACUGAGUAUUUCUAACAUUAGGAACAACUUCCUAAUAUUGAGUUGCACCCCCCCAGCCCCCCUUUUGCCCUCAGAACAGACUCAAAUCGUCAGGUAAUGGACCUGUACCCCCGCACAUUGACUCGGUACCGGUACCCCCUGUAUUUAGCCUCGUUAUCGUAAUUGAAUUGUUAUUUUUUUAAACUUUAUUUAGUAAAUGCAUUUUCUUAACUCUAUUUUCUUAACUGCAUUGUUGUAUAAAGGCUUGUAAGUAAGUAUUUCAUGGUCAAGUUUACACCUGUUGUAUUCGGCGCAUGUGACAAAUACAAUUUGAUUUGACUCUACAAUGUGUCGAAGCGUUCCACAGGGAUGCUGGCCCAUGUUGACUCCAAUGCUUCCCACAGUUGUGUCAAGUUGGCUGGAUGUCCUUUGGGUGGUGGACCAUUCUUGACACACGUGUGAAAAACCCAGCAGUGUUGCAGUUCUUGACACAACGGUGCGCCUGGCACUUACUACCAUAACCCCGUUCGAAGUCAUUUAAAUCAUUUGUCUUGCCCAUUCACCCUUCUGAAGGGCACACAAUCCACGUCGCAAUUGUUUCAAGGCUUAGAAAUCCUUUAACCAAUCUCCUCCCCUUCAUCAUUGCUUUGCACAAAAAGGGCUUCACAGGUAAGGAUAUUGCUGCCAGUAAGACUGCACCCAAAUCAACCAUUUAUCGGAGCAUCAAGAACUUCAAGGAGAGCAGUUCAAUCGUUGUGAAGAAGGCUUCAGGGCGCCCAAGAAAGUCCAGCAAGAGCCAGGACCGUCUCCUAAAGUUGAUUCAGCUGCGGGAUUGAGGCACCACCAAUACAGAGCUUGCUCAGGAAUGGCAGCAGGCAGGUGUGAGUGCAUCUGCACGCACAGUGAGGUGAAGACUUUUGGAGGAUGGCCUGGUGUCAAGAAAGGCAGCAAAGAAGCCACUAAUCUCCAGGAAAAACAUCAGGGACAGACUGAUAUUCUGCAAAAGGUACAAGGAUUGGACUGCUGAGGACUGGGGUAAAGUAAUUUUCUCUAAUGAAUCCCCUUUUCGAUUGUUUGGGGCAUCCUGGAAAAACCUUGUCCGGAGAAGACAAGAUGAGCGCUACCAUCAGUCCUGUGUCAUGCCAACAGUAAAGCAUCCUGAGACCAUUCAUGUGUGGGAUUUCUUCUCAGCCAAGGGAGUGCGUUCACUCACAAUUUUGCCUAACACAGCCAUGAAAAGAGAAUGGUACCAACAAAUCCUCUGAGAGCAACUUCUCCCAACCAUCCAGGAACAGUUUGGUAAAGUACAAUGACUUUUCCAGCAUGAUGGAGCACCUUGCCAUAAGGCAAAAAGUCAUAACUAAGUGCCUCGGGGAACAAAAUGUUGAUAUUUUGGGUCCAUGGCCAGGAAACUCCCCAGACCUUAAUCUCAUUGGGAACUUGUAGUUAAUCCUCAAGAGGCAGGUGGACAAACAAAAACCCACAAAUUCUGACAAAUUCCAAGCAUUGAUUAUACAAGAAUGGCUGCCAUCAGUCAGGAUGUGGCCCAGAAGUUAAUUGACAGCAUGCCAGGGCGGAUUGCAGAGGUCUUGAAAAAGAGGGUCAACACUGCAAAUAUAGACUCUUUGCAUCAACUUCAUGUAAUUGUCAAUAAAAAGCC